UGGAGGCCAAGACUAAGAGGUCCCACCGAUUUACUGUUUACUGGUGUUCCGAGGCCACCUCCACAGUUACAGAUAGUUAACAUUGUCCGAACCUGAGGCUCGUAAACUGGUUUGGUCAACGGUCAGGCCUUUCCGAAUCUCACGUUUGUUGCCUCGGCAGAGGUAUGUAUAGUUUCACCCAAAGCUGAAGGCUUGGUCAGUGCUCGAGCCACAAUCCCAACUAUACUCAUUUUCCCGCUCUCUCACUCUCAGACCCAUGUCUCUCUCUCUCCUUCGUUUACUUAGCCCAGUGGUGAAGACCGAAGGUCUGGUCUGGAGGGAGGUGAGCCUUGCUUCAAAUAAAACCCCCAAGAAAAGAGGCAUUUCAUUCCCUCAGUUCUCUGCUCUUAAGUUAUCAGAUUCUCCAGACACCGAUCCAUCGCCGAUUGCUUCUCUUAUUGGAUGAAAUUUAUCUGCUUAAUUUAGGCUAAACCCAUGGCAAGGUCUUGGCUUGUUGAUAGUAGAGGAAUUGCAAACAAAGUGAAAAAUGCCACUCUACCGGCUGCCUGUCAGAUCAAGGAUUGUGGAGCUAAGCGUGAAUGUACAAAUUGUCACUAUGUCAUUGAUAACAGUGAUAUAUCUUAUGAAUGGCCUGGGUUUCCUGUUGGUGUAAAAUUUGAGCCUUCCGAUUCAGAGCUCAUAGAUCAUUUGUCAGCAAAAUGUGGAGUGGGUGGUAUGAAGCCCCAGAAACUAAUUGACAUUUUUAUUCCAACACUUGAUCAUGAAGAAGGGAUAUACUAUGCACAUCCAGAAAAGCUUCCAGGUGCCAAGAAAGACGGGAGUAGUGUCUACUUCUUUUACCGAACUAAGAAUGCGUAUUCAACCGGCCAGAGGAAGCGCAGAAAGAUCCAGACUGAAAGUGGGUCGACUAUGGAGCAAGUCCGCUGGCAUAAGACGGGUAGAACCAAAAUUGUGAAGGAAAAUGGUAUCCAGAAAGGGUGCAAGAAGAUCAUGGUUCUCUACAAAACUUCUACAAGGGGAUCCAAGCCUGAUAAGUCUAACUGGGUCAUGCAUCAAUAUCAUCUUGGUACUGAUGAAGAAGAGAAAGAGGGAGUAUAUGUGGUUUCCAAAAUAUUUUAUCAGCAGCAUAAGCCAAAUGAUGGGUGUGAAGCUUCUGUAAACGUUGAAGAAUAUGAAGCUUCUCGAAGCAGUCCUAGGACUCCGAAAAUGUUUACUCCCGAACCUCCUCGCCUUGGUGCAACUCCUGAUGAUGUUGCAGAUGAUAAACUGAUUGACUCUCCUGUUCAGGUGGUGAAGGUCGACAAUGAGGCAUUAAAUGUUGGUUCAUCAGAUGCUCAACUAAAAGAUGAUAUCGAUUAUGCCUGGUUGGCUGGAGAAUCACAGGCAACUGACUUGGAGGAAUUGCUUUUUUGCAAUGAGAUCAUGGAUUCCUCAACAGUUUCGAGUGAUCUUGGACACAGUGGCGAGCCUUUAACCGGCAAUCCAAAUAACGCUGCACAAGGAGUUGAAAUUCCAUCCUCCGGACUAACAGAACUUGAAAACUUAGAAAUAGAUACUCAGCCAGAUUAUCAGCUAGCUGACCUGUAUUUCUGUUCGCAGGACAGUAUUCAUGAUUGGUUUCACCGAUUGUAGAAAGAUGAGGAGAGCGAGAACUUGUCAAGCCUCCUUUCCAUUGCUAUCUUCUGAAGCCUUUGCAUUUACAAGUCACAGUAUCAGGAAUAACCAUUUGGUGUAGACAGUUUUUAAUCUUAUAUGGCUAAUGUAUUUUAAACCCCUUCAACAGAGCACAGACCUGACGCACAACGGAGGCUUCACUUUCACCACCAUAGUUGCCUUACAAGUAAGGCGGUGGUAGGGGGGUUAUAACAAAACUUCAAAGACUCCAAUUUUGGGUAUACGGCGUAAGGCCUGUGUUCUUGUUGGCAGGUAGUAUUAAAUUUGCGACGCAGCUUAUGUGACAAGAAAUGUAUGUAUAUGUAACUGUGUAUUAACUUCGAGACAUUUUUUCAGAAUCUCCAUUGAGAGUGGAGUUGUUUGCUUUUAAUAUUUUGACAACUCAUGUUCGACCAGUAAUGUUUAUUUCAUAUUCACCAAUCUUGUUAAUUGUAUAAAUCAAAUCAUUCCAGGUUUUCUUUUUUCUUUAAGAAAAUUAUAUUAUAUUUGUCGUAUUAUUCGUAAUUUGAAUAUUUUUGUGUUGGUG